CUACAUUACUUAAUCUAACCAUCUCAACGUACCAGAUUACAAAUAAUUUCUGUAAUAUCCACACCUAAACGGAAUUUAAUCACGAUGAUUUGGGGUAUUACAGUCUUAUGAGGAUCAAUGCAGCCCAGCAGCCGCCAGCAAUAACUUUCUAAGCUGUCUGUUAUGAUCUAUGGAAACCUUACUAAUGUAAAAUCAAUUUACAGGUUAUUUCAUAAACAUCAUAGCUAAACUGAAUAUAUGCACCAGAUUGCAAACUGGAUUUUAACCAACAUUAAUUAAUGGAAUUAAAAACCUGAAUUUGUAAUAUUGGAUACAGAGGAUGGAUGGAUAUCAAUACCAGCAGAAGAUUGAAUAUGGAUACGACAACCAUAUAAAUAAAUAAGUGUGACAUAGCAGGAUACUUUUUAAGCCAGGUUAUAAUAUAAUGUCAAAUAUAGAUAUUUGAUUGUUAGACAUUGUAUGAUCUCAAAAUGGAUGUAGAAAAGAUCAGGUUCACUGCGGAGAGUUUCAUCAUACUCUUAUUAACUAUAGGGACCAUAGCAUCAAACAUUAUCAUUCUCCUGAUUUACUUCCGUACUGAUGCACUUGUAUCCAUGAACAAAUUCUUCUUUGGAUCGUUAAUAUUCUGUGAUCUGUUUUUUGGAUUAUUUGUAACACCAUUUUCAUUUUGGACAUCAAUGUUUGAUGAGUGGCUCUAUGGACCAGUAUUUUGCCAUAUUGAGGCGUACGUGAUAACAGCGCUAUGGAUUGCGAGUUUGUACUCGCUGAUGUGGAUCUCCAUAGACCACCAUAUGGCAAUAAGGAAACCACAAAGAUACGAAAAUAUGCUAGGAUCAGUACGAAGUUUAUGCUGGAUGUUAACAAUUUGGGUAGUCGCGAUAUGCUUUUGUUGUCCACCCUUAUUUGGCAUGCAGCGAGCAACCUACUACCCCGAAGCAUAUAUUUGCUUACUAGACUGGAAUACCGGGACAGCAUUUCUCGUGACGGCUUGUCUUAUUGUUUUCAUUCCACCAUUUGUGGUGCUACUAUGGUGCCAUCUAUAUAUGCUAACGAAAGGUUAUGCGCAGAAGAGACAAACCUUUGAAAAAGGCGCUGAUUUCCAGGCACUUUCCCGACCACAACAAUACAGUGUCAGUCUAGCAUUCUCCAUAACGAAUCUAAUUAUAUGGUUGCCAUGGCUAUUAUUGCAGUUUUAUGAUGUCAUAGACCAUCACAGACAGAAUUAUUCCCCCACGUGGCAUUUUGCAACUAUGUGGUUGGUGCUUGGUAAUUCCUUCUGGAAAUUCCUUGUAUACCUUGGUGUUAGUCCAAGCUUUAGACAAGGACUGAAAAUGCUUUGUAAGACAUGGUGUAGAGAAACAGAGGUUUCAUAAGAAUUAAUACUGACCGUAACAAAUAAUAUGUUAUACAUGUAAUUUACUCAUAACAAAAUACAGUGAAACCUGUCUAAAUGGAACACCUUUGGUACCUUAAAAAAGUUCUACUUGGGAGGUGUUCCACUUAUAGAGGUUCAUUUAACAUUGAGUCAGUUGGUCUUGAAACUCUGAAAAGUGUUCCACUAGCAGAGGUGUUCCGUUUCUAGAAGUGUUCCACUUUACAGGUUUCACUGUAUGCUAUACAUGUAAUUAACCCAUUUAUUAUAUAAUUUAGACCAAUAUAUAAAGAUCAACCAUAUAAGAAACCUUUCUAUUUGCAGCAAAAAAUGGACCAAUUUCAGUCACAGUUGCUAUAAACAUGAGAAAUAGUAAUGCUUUCUAUAUAAGCUGCUCUAAACAUAUAGGAUUUAUAAGUUACCAUAGGGCCA